CUCUGAUCUGAGAGGACGAUCCAAAAUAGCGAGGACUGUCGAGUUUGGAAGAGUUGAGGAUUUUCCUGCGUUUGUCUCCUUCUUGUCUUCCCAGCGUGUAAACCAACCAACGACUGCUGAGGCCGAACAUCGAGUCCACGCAGCGGGUCGUCUUCUGCCGGCAUGGCUGAAGCAGAAGCACCGACGAGCGGAUUAAACAAUGGCAACCUGUCGCUGACGUGCACGGCUCGUCAACCGUGGAGCAGCUGGACCGGAGCCAGUCGCGAUGGUUGAGUGAGAGACGAGAGAGACUUUUUAGCCGCCAAAAGAGAUCUGCGAGGAGCAUUGCACUGUCAACAGCCGAGAGACGCCAUGUGCAGCCCGGCUACACGCAUGUGGAGAGCCGCUGUGUGCUGCUGGAUGCUAACAUUCCUGCACACCUCCACAGGUCUAAAUGUGUGUAUGAGUGGCAGCGCUACCUCCUGUGAAGAAUGCCUCCUCAUCCACCCCAGUUGCGCCUGGUGCGCACAAGAGGACUUCGGGAGGGGGCGCACCCUCAACUCCCGCUGCGACUUCUUCCAAAAUCUGCACAAGCGAGGCUGCGGGAGCCGCUUCGUGGAGCACCCGACCAACAGCAUGACAGUCCGGCAGGACAUGCCUCUGAGCUCCAAAGGCUCCGGCUUCAAACAGUACGACGUGGUCCAGAUCAGACCGCAGAGCCUCUCUCUCAGCUUGCGACCAGGACAGCAGACGUGGUUUGACCUGCAGGUGCGGCAGGUGGAGGACUACCCGGUGGACCUCUACUACCUGAUGGACCUCUCCCUUUCCAUGAAGGACGACCUGGACACCAUCCGCAACCUGGGCACCAAGCUGGCCGAGGAGAUGGGCAAACUCACCAGCAACUUCAGGAUGGGCUUCGGCACCUUCGUGGACAAGAACCUCUCGCCUUUCUCCUACACAGCGCCAAAGUACCAGGAGAACCCGUGCAACGGGUACAAGCUGUUCCCCAACUGCGUGCCCACCUUUGGCUUCCGCCACAUCUUGUCGCUGACGGACCAGGUAGACCGCUUCAACCAGGAAGUGCAGAAGCAGAUGGUGUCUCGCAACCGGGACGCCCCCGAAGGCGGCUUUGACGCCAUCCUGCAGGCGGCAGUUUGUAAGGAUGAGAUCGGCUGGAGGAAGGAGGCCUACCACCUGCUGGUGUUCGCCACCGACGACGUGCCCCAUCUGGCUUUGGACGGGCGGCUGGGCGGCCUCGUGCGACCCCACGACGGACGCUGUCACCUGGACGACAAGAGAGAGUACAGCGCCUCCACGCACAUGGACUACCCGUCUCUGGCGCUGCUGGGCGAGAAACUGGCGGAAAACAACAUUUUCCUCAUCUUUGCCGUCACAAAGCGCUUGUACGUCAUUUAUAAGAAUUUCACAGCGCUUAUACCGGGCACCACGGUGGAGAUCCUGGACCAGGACUCCAAGAACGUCAUCCAGCUCAUCAUCGCUGCCUACAGCAACAUCCGCUCCAAAGUGGAGCUGACGGUGUGGGACCAGCCCGAAGACCUUAGCCUGUCUUUCAGCGCCACCUGCCAGGAUGGACAACCUCUGCCUGGCCUCAGGAAGUGCACCGACUUGAAGAUCGGCGACACGGUGUCAUUCAACGUGAGCGUGGAGGCCAGGAGCUGUCCUCCUCGCCGCACCGACCACAGUUUCACCAUCAGGCCGGUGGGCUUCAAAGACCGCCUGCGGGUCGCCGUGGACUACCAGUGCGACUGCGGAUGCACCCAGGUGGCCCAGACCAACAGCAGCCUCUGCAGCUCCAUCGGUACGUACAAGUGCGGGAACUGCCAGUGCGAUCCGGGCUACCUGGGCGCCCGCUGCGAGUGCCAGGAGGGCGAGGCGGGCAGCGGGAACAUGGCGGCCUGCCGCGAGGCCGAGGGCAAGCAGGUGUGCAGCGGGCGCGGCGAGUGCAGUUGCAACCAGUGCUUGUGCUACGAGUCCGAGUUCGGCAAGAUCUACGGCAGCUUCUGCGAGUGUGACGACUUCUCGUGCGCUCGGCACAAAGGUGUCCUCUGCUCAGGUCACGGCGAGUGCCACUGCGGCGAGUGCAAGUGUCACGCCGGCUACGUGGGGGACAACUGCAACUGCUCCACGGAGACGGCGUCCUGCGUGGCCGACGACGGGCAGCUGUGCAGCGGGCGGGGCCACUGCGUGUGCGGGCGCUGCCAGUGCACGCAGCCCGGCGCCUUCGGGGACGCCUGCCAAAAGUGCCCCACCUGCCCGGACGCCUGCGACAGCAAAAGAGAAUGCGUGGAGUGUCAUCUGCUCAAGUCGGGACAUCCGUCAGACAACCAGACGUGUCAGCAGCGCGUGUGCAAGGAUGAAAUAGUCACAGUGGACGCUCUCAAAACUGAGGAGCCGGGCGCCGUCUUGUGCGUCUACAAGACAGACGACGACUGCGUGAUGAAGUUCACGUAUUUGGAGCACGCCAGCGGACGAGCGGUGCUGACGGCGCUGAAGGAAGCAGAGUGUUCCGGCGGUCCAGACGCGCUGAUGGUCCUGCUAGCGGUGGUUGGCAGCAUCCUGCUGGUGGGCGUGAUCUUGCUGGCCGCCUGGAAGAUGGUCAUCACCGUGCACGACCGCCGGGAGUUUGCGCGCUUCCAGAGCGCUCGCUCCCGUGCACGCUACGAGGUGGCCUCCAACCCACUCUACAAGCAGCCCUCCUCGGCCGCCUUCGUGGAACUGGACUUUGACCCCUACGCCAAGUCCUACAACGGGGCGGUCCACUGACGCACGUUUUGAUGGGCGGGCUGGACACGCCCCCUCUGUCACAAGAACACGCGCGCUAGCUAGCAGGGCCUCUGAGGGGAGCUAAGCUAGCACGUUAGCAGUGUUGAUUUUGACACAAACUUCCUCCUAUUGUGCCUUUUCCCGGAAAUGACUUUCUUCUGCUUCCUGAUUGGCUACAAAAAGCUCACAGGAAGUACUCCCAGUCCAAGAAGUACCGUGAGUAUGUUGAAAGCAGGAGUGACUCUGCACUUUUUUACCUCCCAUUUUCACUCAAAACAUCAAACUGCUCGGCUUUCACGAAGAAAGUAGUAAACUUUGAUUUGUGGUACAUUUUACUGGCUGAAGUACUAUAUUAAUAACUCAACAUUCAUCUUAAUUGAUCUUUAAUCGCAACAGAAACGGUACCAUGCAGGAAGCUAAACAUAGAAUCUCUUUAGCGCUAUCGCUUUUUUACACACUUCAGUUUUUUACCUCUCACUUCUUUUUGUUUUCACUACAGCAAGGAAUAAAAAACAUAAAACCGCUCAGCUUUUGAUCUGGAAUAAAAAGUACAAGAGCUACAAUGCAAAUACAACAGUAAAAGUUUAUCGCACUUGCUAGCUAGCUAGCUAGGACUACGGAGUCCUCGCGCUUUGCUACACACUUCAGUUUUUUACGUCUCACGUCCAUUAAUUUUCACUACAGCAAGGAAUAAAAAACCUCAGUUUUUGAUCUGGAAUGAGUUUUACAAACAAAGUAAAAAAAAAAGUACAAUAGCCACAAUGAAAAUACUAGAGUAAAAGUUUAUCUGUAGUACAUUUUACUGGCUAAAGUACAAUAUUAAUAACUCAACAAUCAUGUUAACUUAUCUUUAAUCACGUAUUUCAAAAUAAAUGUUCCCCAGCAAGAACCUAACCAUAGAGUUUCUUUAGCGCUAGCGAGCUAGCUGGCUAAAACUCCUGCUGUAUUAAUGCUUAACCUGUCAGCACAAACCUAUCAAAUUACUACAGCUUUAACACUUUGAGUCGUGAAAAAACAUGACAAAAAUAAAGCAUGUGCAUUCAAAUUGUUCGGAUAACAAUAUGAUGUUGGAAGUUACGUGAUAAUGUGGAGUCAAAAUUGAGAGGAAAAUGGCAGCUUCAGAUAUCAAUAAUGAACAAUGUUGAUGAUAAAAUUGAUUUUAAAUUUAAAGUGGGCUUGUCUUUAAUUUCAGGUUGUUGUCAAUUCUUUGGCGAACCAAAAAAUGGUGAAAUGUUAAAACUAAAUUUUUAGGGGGAAAAACUGCCGGCAAGUAGGAAAGUGACGUGGUUAACUUUUGCCGCACGCGCCGACAUGACGCACACUUCCUGUUCCUCGCCUAAAUGUGCACUGACUGGGAACGAAAAUUGCGCUACAAAAACAGGUUUGGUACACCUUUAUUAAAUAUUGUAAAAACAAGAAAUGCUAAGCUAACAUAUUAGCCAGGUGUGAUUGAUGGAAAAAGCUAAUUUAUAAUUUGUUAUUUUUACAAAAUACUGAAGAACAAUAAAAAAUGACUUUGGGCUGAAAAUGGCCCCCAGGUUGCAGUUUGGACACACCCAAAGUUGUUUUAAGAUGGUGAUACACAUGACAGGAUGACGUUUAGAGUGUGUGUUGUAUUGGUGUCACAUGUAAAUACACCAUGCACACUUUGUAUGAUAACACAUGUUUGUGCCGUGCUGCACAACAACAACAACACAAUAAAUGAGCUUGUUUGAGGUGACUUUACAA